UUUUAGCUUGGAUCUCAUUUGGAUUUUUCUGUGUCAAAAAGGAAUGUCCGAGUUGCUCCACAAAAAUUAUUUUAUCAUCACAAAAUAGAAAGUGACUAUGUGAUAUUAAUUCAAGAGAAAUUUAUUAAAUCAUGUAGAAGUGCUGGUUAAUCUCUUAACUUUAAAAGUUAGAUCUUUUAGACAUAGUAACAAUGUCGUCGAAAGAUCCAGGCGCAAUACCAAGUCGGUGGCUGAACUGUCCUCCAUUAGCCAUAGGGCUCAUAGCAGAACAAUUGCUCGCCUUUAAAACGCCACUCGGUACACAGUUUAAUGAGAAAAUACCACAGUCCAAGCGAUUUACGCCGUUGGAUGUAUUUAAACACGUCCAAAACAUGAAGAUGAAACUCGGCCUGUGGAUCGACUUGACGAACACGAGUCGUUUCUACGACAAAUCUGAUAUAGAACGCAUGAACUGUAAAUAUCUUAAGUUAAAAUGUCGCGGACACGGCGAAACACCUUCUCCUGAACAAACAAAGAAAUUCAUUGAAACUGUUGCCGCCUUCACUGAAGAGAAUCCAAAUUUGCUGGUGGGAGUUCACUGCACGCAUGGUUUCAACAGAACUGGUUUUCUGCUUGUUGCGUACAUGAUUGAUCAACUGUGCUAUACCUUAUUUCCUGCACUUAAAGAGUUUGCAAAUGUGAGAGAACCUGGGAUCUAUAAGCAGGAUUAUCUAGACGAGUUGUUUAAUCGUUACAAAGAUACUGAAGAUGAAGAUGACAUACAGGAUAAAGUACCAAUAGCUCCGGAGAAACCAGACUGGUGUUACGAGGAAGACGAAUUUGAUGAUGAGGAUGAGGAGCCCAGCACCAAUAAACCAACCAGCUCUAGUAAACCUCCCAGACGUCGUCAGAAAAUAUACAAGAACAAAACCUUCAUGGCUGGUGUUGGAGGUGCAGAGUACAUAACGACAGAGCCGUUGAUGUCUGAAGUGCAGGAUAAAGUCAGGAGAUUCUGCAAAUGGGAGGGCAAGAACUUCCCAGGAUCUCAGCCAGUCUCCAUGGACAUGGAGAAUAUUAGGUUGUUGCAAAAGAAACCUUAUCAAGUGUCAUGGAAGGCGGAUGGAGUUAGAUACAUGAUGUUGAUUGAUGGAGACGACAGAGUGUUUAUGAUAGACAGAGACAACUGUGUAUUUCGGAUACGUAACCUCACUUUCCUUCACAACAAGGAGUGCAGAAGUUUAACCAACACACUAUUAGAUGGCGAAAUGGUGAUUGACAAAUCAUAUGGGGUGGAUAAGGCAAGGUAUCUGUGCUACGAUAUCAUACGUUUUGAAGACAUGAAUGUCGGCCGAGAACCAUUCUUCCCUGUCAGAUUGAGCUGCAUACAAAAAGAAAUUAUUAGGCCAAGGGACAAUGCCAUAAUAAAUGGCACGAUCAAGAAGGAAGAGGAGCCGUUCCGUGUUGCCCUGAAACAGUUCUGGGACGUGAGUCUCGCGCAUCAGUUGCUGUCGGAGCGGUUCACGCGCACGCUGGCCCACGAGCCAGAUGGACUCAUAUUCCAGCCAUCCAAGGAUCCGUAUAUCGCAGGCGCCUGCGACCAAGUCCUCAAGUGGAAGCCGCCUGACAUGAACAGCAUAGAUUUUCUACUGAAGAUAGUUGAAAUUAAAAAGGAAGGAAUGUUACCAGAGAAAUUAGGGUAUCUAUACGUGAACGGGUUUGACAAACCAUUCGCUGCUAUGAAAAGCACGAAGGCGCUGCGACCGUACGACAACAAGAUCGUCGAGUGCAAGUACGAGAACGGACAGUGGAAGUUCAUGAGGGAACGGACGGACAAGUCCUAUCCCAACAAAUAUGAAACGGCUAUGGCUGUAUGGGAGAGUAUAAGACAUCCGGUGACCAAGGAUUAUCUCCUCUCCUUCAUUGACCAGUACACGUAUCAAGCCAGCAACUAUCAUCACUAGGAGGAUUUUACAAGUUUUAAUGAAUUGCAUAUUUUAAUUUUAAAAUGAAUUAAGAAUAUAUGAAUAUACAGCAGA